AUGGCAUUGACCAGACUAACAAUGUUGGCUUCUCGGCGGACGCUUAAUCAAUGGGCAUUACUGAGUCAAUGCUACGAUAAACCGCCUUCCAAGGUACCGCUCAUGAUACAAAAAGACGAUGAAAACUCAAUUAUACGGUGUGGCUUAUUGCAGGGAAGUAGUGACUCUCAGAAAUCAUCAACCUUUUUGGGGGCUUUGCUGGCAGAUGUAUAUUUAUCGGACCAAUCAUGGCUGGAAGUCUUGCUUAACCGACGAGCAAGCUCUCUGAAAGGUCCCAUCAAAAUCCAGUAUGGAGACCGGUUCGAUAUACAGUGUAAUGAGGCGAUUGCAACCCUAGCGGUGCCGUCAGGUUUUCUGAAGGACCACAAAGUUGAGUUCUUAGAGAUUUCAGAAGAAAACGCGGCCGAUGAAGACAAUUGCCAUUUCUAUUUGGACUUGCAUGGGGAAUCUUCUACUUUAUGCCACAAGUGGCCUACUAUCAGCGUGAAGGAUACUUCAAAGACUGGUGAGCUGCCUUUGUCCAACGAGAUAAAUUCAAAACAGGCCCUGGAAGCCACUCUCAGAUUUAUCCGUGAUAAACGUAGUGUCAAUUCUUAUUUGAGCGACUUGGAGCUGUCUAAUUUUGGUAACUUCUCGAAACGACUGGCCGCCAAGAUUGACGACAGGAAGCAAAUAUAUGCCGAUCUGGGGUUUGCGGUAUUGAAGAACCUGGAGAAUGAGGAUAAUUCGCUCGCUGAAAGCUAUUACCUGCAGUCCAAGAAGGAAGAGAUGCUUACGGAUGUGGAGAGCUGGAGGAGACGUGCUCAUGGCGAGCUGCAAGACCAGGUUGUACCGCUGAUACAAGAAUUUCUAAAGACUUAUCUCUCGAUCGGAAAAAUUUAUACAUAUUCCAAUACAAAAUUCAACCUCAGGGUUAAGAAGUUGAUUGAAGAACCACUGCGAGAUUUGCCAAUGCAAAAUAAUCUGUACGAGUUGCGCGGCCGACAGCGCUUAUUAACUCCUUUAAAGGCACCUCUGAUAGAUAAGCAGUAUUUCGAAAAGCAAAUCUCAUCGGUUUACACAGAUGUAAACAGAGUGAUUAACCGAAGUUUCUUCAAGCUCCAGUUGCCACUCAUCUUAUGUUCCACUAUAGGUUACGUUUCUGAACAAUUUUCGCUGUACUCAAUGGGUUCGUUGGCGUCUUUAGGUAUCGUAUUGGGACUCCAACGUGUUUUAUCGAGUUGGGAACUAGCAGGUAAAAACGUCCAGAAGAGAAUUUACGAAGAUAUCAGAGCCACCAUCGAGCAAGAAUACAAGAGAUUGAUGCAAGAGAUUAAGGAUAAGUGUGCGACGGAAGAGACUGCCCAGAGACGCAAGUUGGAUAUAAUAAGGGCCCUAUCUUCGGAAGAAUCGCGUUCAUAA